AUGUACACUGACAGCUACAACUUGUUCGACCUUAUUUCUAAUCCUGUUUCUAUAACUUUUGAAGAUACAAGAAGUCUAUUUUCUGAGACACUAAAUUACAAAUGUUUUUUUGUCACAGAAGAUUAUCAGUAUUUGUGUGAAAAAGGUCGUGAUUUUUCCCUAAUUCCUGGAAUAAAAAGUGACCAAUUGAACAGCUAUGAUGUUCAUUAA